AUGGCAGAUCCAGGAGAAGCCGUCUACUGCACGAUGCUUCUCACCGACAAUUAUCUCCCAGGUGCCAUGGUAUUGGCCCAUUCGCUGCGAGACAAUGGCUGCAAAGCAAAGCUUGUCGUGCUGGUUACGCUGGACAGCCUCAAGGCUUCGACGAUUGACGAGCUAAAAACCAUCUACGACGAUGUAGUCCCUAUCAACAGAAUUGUAAACCACUGCCCCGCAAAUCUGUAUUUGAUGGACAGACCAGACCUAGCUUCGACAUUCUCAAAAAUUGAGCUCUGGAGGCAAACCCAAUACCGACAGCUAGUAUACAUCGAUGCAGAUGUAGUGUCCCUCCGAGCUCCCGAUGAGCUUCUCACAAUUAAUACCAACUUCGCCGCCGUGCCUGAUACCGGCUGGCCAGACUGUUUCAAUACAGGCCUCAUGGUGCUCCGUCCCAAUAUGCAUGAUUAUUACUCCCUCCUUGCUCUUGCUCAGCAGGGAGUCAGCUUCGACGGAGCAGACCAGGGUUUACUGAAUAUACAUUUUAAGAAAUGGGAUAGACUGAGCUUCGUGUACAACUGCACGCCAAGUGGUCAUUAUCAAUACAUUCCAGCCUUCCGACAUUUUGGCAGCACAAUUAGUCUGGUGCAUUAUAUCGGAUCACAGAAACCAUGGAAUCUCCCAAGGCAGUUGUUCCCGUCGGGGAGUCCAUAUAAUCAGCUUUUGGGGAGGUGGUGGGCGACGUAUUAUAGACAUUAUCGGCCGGUGGUCAAACCGGAUACCAAGCUUUCGUCGAGAGCUGACAUUGCGAAGCAUGGUUUGGGGCAGCUCCACGCAGCAGGGAUCGUUCAUGAGCCAACUAAGCCGCCGGAGCGAAUGCAUACCCCUGAGAUACCACAUGCUCAAGCUUGUACCUACGACCAACCUCAUGCUUCUGCUCAUUUCGCUGCCACUUCCACUAUGUCUCCGGCUCCGGCUCCCCUCACAGCUGAAGCUAAAGCUUUUGUAGAACCACAAGCUUAUGGAAACAUCCAGCAAUUCAAUAUCCCGCAUGGUUUCCUACCCUCUCAUGUCCCUGAAAUUUCUCACACUGUUCAUAAUAGUUCCAUAUUGAAUAGCUCUGAAGUUGCAGCCAGGCCAGCUAGUCCUCCCCCGCGAGAUAGAAUCCCUAAUAUAAGCCAGGAUUUUGUCGUCAGUGCUGUCCCACAAUACGUUCGUGGUGAAGAGCAUGUAACUGCCUACCGACACUUUCCACGUCGUCCAUUUGAUUCUCCUUCCAUAUCGAAAGAAGAAUCAGUCCCAGGAACCUCUCCCGUUACUGGCGUACCAGCCCUACCAACACAACAACUUCCACAAGAGCUAACUGAGCCACUAAAACAGCUAGAGAUUGGGCAAAUACCUGUCAUCUCCCAAGAACCCGAGCCACCCAGAGCAGCUCCAGAGCCGUCGUUCUCUUCUCCAAGGAUGCAAUGGGAUCCUUCUCGAGAACCACCUCCUGUAGAUUCCAAACCGGAGGCAUUCAGUUUACCCUCACACACCUACACGAUGUCACAGGACACGGAACUUUUCCAGCCUCCGAAGUCAUACCCAGAGGCCCCGAAAGAUAUGUACUAUAAAGUUCCCCCAAAGCAACCAAAUACACAGCGUCUGGCCCACAUUUUUCCAUGGGAGGCCUACGCCCCGAAACCCACUCGUGUUUUUCUAGACGAAGAAGCAGGAACAGGCAUAGUUGCGGUAUCCCAUGAGAAACUAUUAAGUGAAGUCCCAAAUAAAAGAGAUACGGCAUUGGGCGCACCACGAGAAGAAUCAGCAGAACCGCCACCAACAUCUGAAUAUCUUUGGAAAGGUUACAUCCGCUCGAACGCCUGGGACGAAGUCCCGGAAAUUGAGCAUUACAUGCGCACUAUCCGAAAGCCCCGGAGAGAGAAAGUUCAAGUUUUGAAAUCCGGAUUGGCUAGGUCUAGCACAACUGGGGGCGACUUCGAAACCGAUAUCACCGGGAGAAAGCCCAGUAUGAGACUGACAAGUUUCCCCACUGAGAUAGAGCGGCCCAGCCUCCCUGUGACCCCGGCACCUAUCAAGCGACCUCAUUUUUGGCCCAUAGGACAACAGCGAGAAGAGGAGUCUCAGUACGGAAGAGAGCAAAGGCAAGGAGGGGAUGGUGGUGAUAGUUUACCACACGCCACCGGUGUUCCCUUGCAGGAGAACUGGAAUCCUCUGGAACGCCUCGAGGAGCUGCAACGACGCCAGUCCUUGUUUCUUGACGUGAUUCAUGACGGGCCACCGGAGUUAGAGGUGAGAGAGAUCCCUAGGCGGAGAAUGCCCGGGGAAUAG